ACCCGUGUGCGUUCCUAAAAGCAACACUUUUCCAGCCGGCCUUGUGCAAUUGGGGGGUGGGGGUGGGAUCAGGGGCAGGAGUGCGAUCCCACGUUGAAUCUUUUCUAAGUGUAUGAGGAGAGGGAGAGAGAAGGCGAGGGGGCACGUUUGCUGGUGCUGCUGGGCUGGGAACUCCGCUUAAGCACGUGGCAGGCUUUUGCAGAGAGAGGAGCCCGCAAAGAGGCGACUUGACCCUGCACCGCCUUGCUAGAAAGUUGAAGUUUCUGCUUCUUCGGUUCUUUGCAGUGCCCCGACGUUGCCGCGCUCCCUCCCCCCCCCCCACCUCCUGCACGCCAGAUCGCCCUUUGCCCGGUGCACACAAUGGGCUCUGAAGCCCCUCUCCGCUACCUCGCGGCGGGGCUGCUGCUGACGCUUUGCACCCGGGGGUCCUUGGGCGUCCCCACUUUCAGGAAGGAGAGGGGAGUUCACUCGGAGCCCGAGCUCAGCGAUCGGCAGCACGAAGACAACCAGAGCUUCCAGUACGACCACGAGGCCUUCCUGGGCAAAGAAGAAGCCAAAACUUUCGACCAGCUCACCCCAGAGGAGAGCAAAGAAAGGCUGGGGUAAGACCGACCUCCUCCUAGUCCCCCCCCCCACAUAGGUUACUUGACCCGGUGAAAGUUCCUUCGCUUUAUUCCUCUCCCACCCAUCUUCAUCUUCCCAAAGUGGAAAAAUAAAAUUAAAAAGGUGCGCCUCUUGAGUUCAAAACCAAAAGCAAAACCACGCUCUACGAAAAAAAAAAAGUUUUCACUAUGUCAGGUUGUCACUUUUAGCCCCAGGGAGUGUAUUGUGAGUUCGACAGAGGGUGCUAGGUUGGGCAGAGACGGGAGAGCUCCCAGGAUUUGCUGAUAACGUGGCAGAGGGGAGCCCGCCCCCCUGAAGCUGCUUGGAAUGGAGGGAGCGCGGAAGGGAGGGGAGAGAGAGAUGGUUUCAUUCAGGGAAAGUGCACUUGUGCGGGAAAGGAAAGGCGCUUUCGGAUUCUGAUCGUUCCCCACUUUGUGCAGUCGAUUAAAAGCCGGUGGCGGCUCUUUUGAGUGAGAGAUCACUUGGCCAUAGCCGCUAUGGGGAAAAUGGUGAUCAAGAACGAUGGCACUUGUUGCAGAAAAACAAGCAAGCAAGCCAAAGGGUCCUUUGUCAUCUUAAGAGACCAAUAAUGUUAUUGCAUCAUAAAAGACUAAGAAUGUUAUUAGACUUUCGUGGACCAGAACCCACCUCAUCCUAUGCAUGGAGUGUAAAGUUACAGACAGAAAGUGUGUGUGUGUUGGGGGGGGGGAGUUAUUACUAUAAAGAAUCAGAUUCAAACAAGGUCUGGUGACAAGGGUAAAAGAAACCCUAAUCCAAGCAGGUGUGCCCCAUUCCCAACUCAGUUGUAAUGUACUGAUAAUGAAUGGGCAAAAUUUCAUUUAACACCCCUCCCAAAAAACUAUCUGUUAGAAAUCUGUAGGGAAGCUUUUCGGUCCCUCUUAAAGUUUAGUAACUGGCUUGAAAGUUGUCAUACUAAAGCCAAAAACUUUUAAAGGAAGACUGGUGAGUUGGAGUUUAUAGAUGAGUUGGGCACCAUUGGACUUGGGUGAACAGAAUCUAAGAGGGCUUAGAUCUCUACAGAAAACAUUUGCCUGUUUUUAAGGUUCAUUUAAUUGCUCUACUUUGCCAAUCCAGUAUCAGUUUGGAUGUGAGUCACACCCAUAUCGACUAGAACAAUCCCCUCUGCAAUCCUAUUGAUUUAUUUUAUUAUUAUUCUCCUGCUUUUUCCUCCAAGGAGCUCAAGCCUGCAUCAUGUUUAUCUGCAAAACAAUCCUUUGAGUGACUGGAGUGACUGGCCCAAGAUCAUAUAACGUGUUUUGCAGCAAAGUGGAGAUUUGAACCUGGGUCUUCCCAGGCCUAGUCCACCACUCUAACCAUUACACCACACUAGCUCAGAACUGGGAUGGAAGGUAGAGGAGUGUAGGUUUCCCUCAAUGAUGAGUGAGCGCUCCAAGCUCAGAAUGCAGUUGGCACACAGGUACAAAGUGAGGCUCUGCUUCUGUCCACCUCUGAGUUGUUGGGGGGGGGGAGGGGGGAUUUCUUCUGUUUCCCCUUCCCAACUCUGGGUUUAGGGGUAGAAAGAGGAAUAGAUUUCCCUCCUGACCUAAUGCUGCAUUUGGGGAAAUAAAGGAAACGAUAUCUGAAGUAAAGUGGUAAAAAUUGGUGUGAAAAGCAUAGGCACAAUAAAACGCUAUUCAUUCUUCACUGCUAAAUCCCUUAAAACGGGCAGGGAAGCCAUUACGGUGUCCCCAGUACAAACAACCAGGGCAAAAUCUGGUCAACUGAUGCCAUUAUGAUGACAUGCGAUUGAGAGGUUGGUGGUGCUACCCACCUGUCAGGCUGGGGUUGCAGAUCCAGUUCCCUACCCAUGCCUUUCUUAAAAGGAAAAAAAAAGUCCUUAAUUUGUUCGGCACCAGUUUGCAAACUCGGAACACAGAGUAGGACAAUGGAAGGAAGAGUUCAUUAUUUCUCCUGCAUUAUUCUUGCCAUCUUGUACAGUGGUACCUCAGGUUAAGUACUUAAUUCAUUCCGGAAGUCCGUACGUAACCUGAAACUGUUCUUAACCUGAAGCACCACUUUAGCUAAUGGGGCUUCCUGCUGCUGCCGUGCUGCCAGAGCACAAUUUCUGUUCUCAUCCUGAAGCAAAGUUCUUAACCUGAAGCACUAUUUCUGGGUUAGCGGAGUCUGUAACCUGCAGCGUAUGUAACCUGAAGCAUAUGUAACCUGAGGUACCACUGUAUUUAGGCAAUUUUAUUGGCCCCAUGGGGUAAACAUUAUAGUGCAUAGAUUGGUCAUUAGAGCUUCAACUUCCAGUCCCUCUGAAAAUGUUUGUGGAAAAUUGUUGCAAGCACUUAUCAUCGUAUUGGCUUUGGUAGCUUGUUUCUCACAACAUGACUAUCCAUAAGCACUGCAAGUUGGAAAUUAAUAUUUCUUCAAAACAGUCCAGCAAUCUUUCAUUCCACUAUCAUUUAUUUGAAACCAGUGUCUCCAGCUUUUUGCUGUUGCUUGCUACAUCUGAUCUGAUCUUUGCGGCCUAGUUCAAAUGGUGAUCCCAUGUUGAAUGUACUACUUCAGGCUACAAGUGGGAACUUACAUAACUGAAUGCUCUUCCAUUUAAAAAAAGAAAUCCCUGCAAAUAAACAUCUAGAUGUCAGGGAGAAAACUAAGCUAGAAUGUCCCUCCCUGACAUCUAAUUUUGUGCAUGGUAGUUUAUUUGUUUUAGAGUAUUUAUUAACAUAAUUUUGAUAGGACAGAACAAUCCUGCCCUCAUCUCUUAGAGGAGACAAGGAGAGUUUAAGGUAAAAUAAUAAAAAAAAAAACUAGCAAACAAUCUGUAAGUAAGCUUCAGAAAGUAUUCAUAGCAGCCAGAAAGUUUUGUAUGCUGCUGGGAGAUGUAUUUUAUCUAUGCUUGCAUAAACAAUAAAACGGUGCUAGUCUGCCUCAAAAGAAUCUUUAUAGUUUGUUUCUCCAGCCAGAUGUGGAUUAUUUGUUAAUUUUUCCAAACUCUCCAAACUGUCUUCUACCAAUUAUUUAUUUGUAUUUUUAUGUUGUGAUCCACCCUGUGAUCUUCAGAUGAAGGGCAAUAUACAAAUAAAACAAACAAAUAGUAACGUGGUGCCCUUUAGGUCCUUCCAAUAUUGAGCAACAACUAACUGGGCAGCUGCAAGACAAUAACCAGUUAGAGGUUUGAAAUGACAGUCCCUUUUGAUGUUUUGAAAAAUGUUCCAACAGGACCAAUUCCAGAAAUUUCAAUAGCUGCUGUCCAGUCACUUUAGUAAUUUCUACAAAGGCCACAGUCUAAAACUGCGGCCCUUUUUCACAAGUCCCCCAAAUAAGCUGGAAUGGUCCUGGUUCCUUACAUCCUCUCCAACAUAGCCUCAAGUUCAAUAUCUUCAUUUGAAAUAGUCUCAUAGGCGUCAUAUACAUGGUUUGCAUAAUUUUUAAUGUUUGUUCCCUUGUGCUUGAUGUUCCCAAUUUAAAUGGGAAUUUUAACCAUUAAGGAUUUCCAGCAAUUCAGUCAAAAUGUUCCAGUCUGACUCCCACAUUUGUCUCAGGCCCUCUGCAGAGUCCACAUCAAUGAUAAGAAGUAAAUUAUCAAUAUGGGAUACCAACCCCUUCCCUUUGCCAUCAGAGCUCAUGGAAGUUUUUGAUCAUGUGAACCCCCAACUACAGUCUGAAGUGGGACAGUCAACAUACAAGUUUGCCUUCUAUUCGAAGCCUUUUUGGAAAAUUUAACUUUUGUAUGCUAACUCUGACUUGCCAGCCCUUUUCUAUCUCAUUGGAACGGAGAAGAGAAGAGAGUUAUGUAUGAAGAGGGGAAAAUCAUAGCAACACAUAGGAAGUUGUCUUAUUUAGGGUCUAAGUUUAGACCUUUGGUCCAUCUAGUUCUUGUUCAAUAUUGUCUAUGCUGACUGUCAGUGGUUUCCCAGGUCUUCAUAUGGGUUUUAGCCCUACUUUGUAGCCUGCCACUGAGCAGCGGUAGGCUGGAGAAGAUUUAAACACUGUGCUGACUGCAAUCUGUAAUACAGUAGUGUCAUUUUGCUACAGUAAGCAGAGAAGGGGAGCUGGCAUGCAUAUUGCAUUUCUAAGCAGAACAUUCUUCUCUAAUGAUAAAUGUUUCUGUGGUUUUCUUUCUCCUACUGACAGUGGGAAAAUGUCACAUUUUCCAGCAAGUGUGGAAAUGCAGUUCCACAUGCUUGAUCAACAAUAUUCCAUUAGAAGAGUUUUUGACAGAGAAUGACAAGGACAAUCCAACUGUGACUGAGAAUAAGUUGUUGGCUACAUGAAACUCCUUCUCUUCCCCAACACACUUUCUGAGAGAUAGUAGAGAACAAAUAUUCCAAAUGCCCACCUUGAAAGGCCCUGGGAGAGUGUUCUUGGAAGAUAAAAACCUGUGGAGAAACUUCUUCUGACUCCUACUGAUCUGUCUUUAGAUUCAAAACUUCUAAUCUGUGGCUGGCAACCAGUGUUACUCAGAGUGUUACUUAGAAUAAACCCACUGAAAUUGAUGAACAUAACUAGGUCCAUUUGCGGGAGGCAGUGCAAGACAGGAGUGCCUGGCAUGCUCUGGUCCAUGGGGUCACGAAGAGUCGGACAUGACUAAACAACAACAACUAGGUCCAUUAAUUUCAAUGUGUCUACUCCUAAGUACUCAACUUAGUUGAGUACCACACUAUGUCAUUUAUUUAGAAAUGGGUCAUCAUAGGUACCAAUUGGAAGCCCUGUCUCUCGCAAACAUAGUUGUUCAGGAGAACCCUGCAGAAAUCUUUCAGUUUCUAAUAAUCCAUUUUACUUUUUCUAUUACUGCAGGAAAAUUGUUAAUCGAAUUGAUGAUAACAAAGAUGGCUUCGUCACCACAGAGGAACUGAAAAACUGGAUUAAGCGAGUGCAGAAACGCUACAUCUUUGAAAAUGUGGCAAAAGUCUGGAAGGAUUAUGACCUCAACAAAGACAACAAAAUUUCUUGGGAAGAAUACAAACAAGCCACAUAUGGCUAUUACCUCGGUGAGUAACUUUGAGAGACAAAAUUGAACCUGCAUACUUGGGAAUCCCAGAGUGAUAGCCAAUAUGUUUGCCCACCUGUCCUAGGAUGUCAGGAAAUCACAGUUCAAUGGAAGAAUCAGAAGCAAAUUCAUAGUUUGCUCCUGAUUCUUCACUUUCAGCUGCAGAUGUGAAAGGAGAAUCUUGCGCUGCUUUCCAUGCCUAAAGCAAAGCUUAUAUAUAUAGCGCUGAAAGUAAGCCCUGCUUGUGGCAGGAUUCACCUGCAGUUAAGGACUCCUGAGUGGGACUAGUUCUGGCAGGACUUUUAUUUGGCAGAGCCAGGGGAAAAUGGUUUCUGAUGUGCUUAACCAGGCCUGUGGGGCCAGAUGUUCCUCACCUGUAAUCUGAGUACAAUCAGAGGCACAAACUCACUUUGCUUAGAAAAAAGAGACUACUUUACUUGUUUUGAUACUAUUUCUGGAGUUAUUAUGACAUAGCAAGUGUUCUCUCCCUAUGUUUUUAUUAGCUUUGAAAGGGGUUAGACAAAUUUGCGGAGAUUAAGGCUAUUGGUGGCUACUAGCCACAAUCACUAUAUAGUACCUCCAGAUUCAAAGGGAGGGUGGCUCUGGAUACUAGUUGCUAGGGAGCGACAGCAGGAGCCGUGUAUUGCACUCAAGACCUGCUUUGGGGCUUCACAGAGGCAUCUUCUUGGAAGCACAAUGCUACAUCGGAUAGGCCUUUGGUCUGAUUUCUUAUUUCUAGAAGGGUUUAAGUCACAUGUCAUCUGUAGACAUCACUCAGGCCUUUGUUACAUACUCACCAGUCCUGUUUGUCUCCAUCUUGUCUUAUUAUUCUGGUUUUCUAGAAAACCCAGCUGAGUUUGAAGAUGCAACAGAGCAGCACAAUUUCAAAAAAAUGAUGCCCAGGGAUGAAAGAAGAUUCAAAAGAGCUGACCUGGAUGGUGAUUCCGAAGUCACUCGUGAGGAGUUCACAGCUUUCCUUCACCCAGAGGAAUUUGAGCAUAUGAAAGACAUUGUUGUUCUAGUAAGCAGCAGAAAAGCCAAUCUCCUUUCUUUUGGUUUCCGUUUAUUAAAGAGGUUUGAAAGCUGGCUUCCUCAUCUUUCAGGGCAAGGUUUCCCAGACAAUAGUCGCCAGCUAUUUCAACAGGAAGGAAAGCUGUUUAAAUAAUCCUGCUUUGGUUAUUUAAACGUGACCUGCUUGGUGACCUCCCUAAUAUGUUGAUCAAUAUCACAUGAAUAGCUAGAAAGCUUGGAAGCAAAGUGAUAGGUUAGGCCUGAACCAGUUUUGCCCGGAAUGUUGUCAUCUUUAAGUGUGCUGCUGAGCACUUCCAUCAGACAAGCAACCUGAUUUUAUCAUGCUACAUUGGCUGACACUACAGUGUGGGGAAAAUUUAUUAAACUGAUUUUGUAGCUAAUACAGCAUCCUGUGUAAGUCAAUGCAACCAGAACUGCACAUUUCUGUUGCACCUGCCUUUGGUAAACCCUUUCAGCCUCCUGGAUUUUACAGGUACACCACUGCUUCAGCAAGACAACGCAGGUCCAUUGUAGUGGCCUAUGAGAUGAGGUUUACAGAGUUGCCUAUGCCCCAUCACCACCUCGCUCUUCCUCAGAUGUCCCUUAUUCAGGGACCUGCUAGGACACAGAAAGUUUCUGGACCAGGUAUGGGGAACCUGUGGCCCUCCAGAUGUUCUUGGACUCCCCCAUAAUAUGGCUAAUGGGCAGGGAUAAUGGGAGCAACAUCUGGAGGACCAGAGGUUCCCCAUCCCUGGUCUGCACUGACUGGAAACAGCUCUCAAGGGUAUCAAGACAAGAGUCUUUCCCAGCCCUGCAUGGAUAUGCCAUGGAGUUAACCCAAGACCUAAUGCAUGUAAAGCAUGUUCUCGGUUACUAAGCUACAGCCCUUUCUUAGUUGUAGGGACUGGGUACAUCAUUCCUGAUGUAGAUGACAGAAUAGAAUUCUUUUAUUCUAGACCUUUGUUUUUUAAUUUUAUGUUGUGAACCACCCUGAGAUCUAUGGGCAUAGGGUGGUAUACAAAAUAAAUAAAUAAAUAAACAAUAGAUUAAAUAUUUAUUUUAUUAUUAAGCUUAGAAUAAGCUUUUCUUUGAUUUCAUAAGAUAUUAAUUCAUUUAUAGCAGUCCCUAUCACUUAUCAAUGUUUACUGUGAAGCUAUGUCUCUCUAUAUAUAUUUGUAGGACGUGUUCUAUUUUAGUUGUUUGGUGGAUUUUUAAAUUAAUAUGCUUUUAUGAGUUUGGGGUUUUACUUUUGGGGGAUUUUUUAAGCUUAGGAACAAUAUUUUCUCUUUGGCAAUAUUAUAUCAUUAUUGAUAUUUCCGUGUGUGUGUGUGUGGGUUAAAGACUUUACCCUUGAUGUAAAGUGACAGCUCAGAAUGAAAUGGUUUUAUAAUCAGUUUGGGCAACAAAUACACACCUCUGCAAUGACAGCUUUUUUCCCUUAUUGUGACAGGAAACCCUGGAGGACAUAGACAAAAAUGAGGAUGGAUUUGUGGAUCAAGAUGAAUACAUUGGUAAGCUGCAGCAAGGGGAUUUCCAAUAUUUAUUAUUUUAUUUUAAAAGUUUUAUUAUGCCUAGUUUGGACAGUCUUCUCCCCAAGUCAAGGGGAGAAAGAGGCAUGCGACAUUUGUCAUGUCCAGUUUGGACCUCAGAUUACCAAAGUACAUGGUACCCUCUGUGGUUCUCUCAGUGGAAGUGGGCGCCUUUGGAGUGCUGGUUGUGUCAACCCCAUAUAUUACAAAAAGGGAUGUUCUGGGUGCAUAACAAUGAAGCAGGCCCCUGUUGAUUCCCCUCAUGUUCUUGCAUUUUCAAAGCACCAUUGGCAUUUGCCACAGAGUGCUUAAUGUUGUUCAGUACUAAGGAGUUAAUAUGAGAGAAGUAAUUCUUGGGGCACCGAGGCUUCCCUCCCACCCCCCAAGUCUCUCUAAAAGCCAUCCAGUUUCAUGUAGAUGAUUUUUGUUUCCCCAAGUUUCCUUCUGCCUUUUAUUCCCUUUCCCACUAUUGCUCGUUUGAUUCUGAUGUUAUUCACACAGACACUUGCUGGCAGAGACAAGAUGCAAUGUUGCUCUGGGUCCUUUUUCUUCCCAUACUUCUGAACCUAGCAUAAAAGAUUGUGAUUGCAUUGUAAGAGGGGAUCUUGAAAGAGUUGUGACUUCUCCAGCCUUAGAAGAAACCUACUGAGUGAAAGGCAUUAGGGCCAAAGUUCUCCUUUACAUUUUAUUUUUUAAAAUAUACGUUUCUCCAUCAGGAUGAAUAACAAAAGGUGAUAAAGCAACAUGGAACCUUAUCAAAAUGCCACAUCGAUAGCAUAACAAAUACAACUCUAAUAGUAAAAACCAAAAUAGAGAUGCAGUUUUUUGUCUUUGUAGAAAAAGAGGGUGGGGGGCUUUUGCUGAGGGUGCUUGCAACUAUUUGAGCCACUGAAGGAAAGAACCUGGGUCAGUUGCUCGUGAGCAUGAGAAUCGAGGAGUGAGUGGACAAUUGCUGGUGUGAGACAGAAUGCAAAAUGUUCCUGAGGCCAUUUCAUUGUUUUAGUAAUCUAUAUGUCCUUAUUUGCUUUGCCCAGGUAUUUGACUAAACUGGAAAUUCCAAUUGUAGUUUAGCUUGUUUUAUGAUGGAGCCCUUAGUCUGCUUAGUCUAUUCACUGGACUGGUUUUGAUGAAUUCUCUUAAUUUUUGUACAUUGGGAGGAACAUUAUGAUCAUUUGUCUGCACUUCUGCUUGCUAAACAGAACAAUCUUUCUCGGGGUUCCAACCUCCGCCAGAGCCCAUAGGGUGUGGCCCACAAAGGAAGAGAAGAGGGAUGGAAAGCCUGUUGCAAUAGCAGGACUUGUUGUGCUAGCUCACACUAGUACAAUUGCUUAGUUGAAAGUGGCCCAUUUCUAUAAUUUUUUUUCUGUAUAUUUUUAUUAUUUUAUUGUUCCCUGUUCUGGGAUUGAAAUAUUCAGUGAAGAGAUGGUUAUAAAAUCAUAGAUAGAUAGAUAGAUAGAUAGAUAGAUAGAUAGAUAGAUGAUAGAAAGAAAUAUGGCACAUGGAAGAGGUAAAGAGAGUACCAUAUUUUUCACCCUAUAGGGCACACUGGCCCAUAGGGCACACCUCGUUUUUUUUGGGGGGGGGGAAUAAAUAAAAAAAAAUCCCCCCCCAGCCGUAGGGCUGGGGCGAGGGAAGCCCAAGCUUCCCCCGACCCCAGCCCCCAGAAGAGGCUGCUAUCUGCAAGGCUUGCGGACAUCUGCGCGAAGCAUGGGGCUCUGGAGCGCGCCCCGUGCUUUGGGCUGCAGGCUGCGGCCCACAAGCCGUGGGAGCCCAGCGGGCACUCCCGCCGGGCUCCCAAGGCUUGUGGAUAGCUUCCUGAAGCCUGGAGAGCGAGAGGGGUCAGUGCACACCGACGCCUCUCGCUCUCCAGGCUUCAGCGAAAGCCUGCAUUCGCCCCAUAGGACGCACACACAUUUCCCCUUCAUUUUUGGAGGGGAAAAAGUGCGUCCUAUAGGGCAAAAAAUACGGUAAGUAGCAGGUAGGAUCUUAUUUUUUCCACUUGAGAAGUAUAGUCAGACUUCCAUAAAAGUUACGGAUAGCAUAUGGCUUGUUUCCAAUACCUGUGUGAAUGACAAUAGUCAUUCAGUGGACGAACAGGAAUAUGCCUUUUCCUGCAUUGUGUGCAAUGCAGUGUGUGAUGUGCACUCUCCACAAAUGGAAGCCCUCACUAAUGGUUGCCCACUUCACAUGAUUUCUCCUUCCUCAUGAGAAAUUAUGAGAUUCCACCUUCCUUGCCUACAGAACCACUGUCAUUCUUUUACAUGUGUGGAGGAGAGGAGAGGAUACUCCUCCUUUAUGCAAAGACUUUUGCCACUUUGGCCAGCAGCUGGACUGGGCCUAGAUAUUGGUUCAUUUGUUUUUUUGUAUUAACUUUCAACAGCACUAAGGCUGUAUAAGCUUGCCAAUGACCAGGGGGAUAAUCCCCAUGUAGAUCUCAAAGUCUGACAGAUACCAUCAGCCUCUACGUCGGUUUUCAUUACCACCAUCGUAUGGCUUAAUUGAGCAUUACAAAUACGUUGACAAAAGUUAAAAGCCCACAUCACUUUUUACUAGACUGCCCACCGACAAAAAUCCUGAUGUAAAUCAUUUGUGGUAUAUCAGCAGCAUGAAACAAACAAACAAACAAAAAAACUCUGUACAUGUCGAAGAUGUCUGGAGGCAGUUCUCAUUCUUUAUAGGUGAGCCAAGUUAAUUGUGCGCAAAGUAGAUGGUAUGAUGGGAAUGCAGCUUUUCUUCAGGUGUUUGGCUGGAGCAUUGCUCUCCAUCUUUUCUGGCAGGUCUUGAUAAGGUAAUGCAGAAGUGAGCAAGCCCAGGCCUGGUGCCUAAUGUGGCCCUUUAGGCCUCCUUAUAUGACCCCUGGAACUUUCUUCAGGCCAAACCCCUCACUGAGCCUUGCUUUUCACCCUGAAUGUUGUUCCCUGGCUGGAAUAUGUCCUUGAACUUUGCUAAUGCCUCUUGCUUGUCUAGCUGGAGGAGAGGGAGGCCUGGUGAGCUGGAAAAGCUUCCCCUCCCUUGAGGUAGCAGAGCAGUUAUUGAAUGGUAUAGGCGUAGUGAUAACAGUGAAGGUACUAGGCUGAUAAGUCAUAAUUCAAUAGGUAACUCAUAGCAGUGUUCCAUCUGUCUUCACGAGGGUAAUUUACGCAGUGGAUAGCUGGAAAAUGGCACCUCUUUCUAAUACACCAUAUAUAAUGUCUUGUAUCUCCAAAGAUGCACUCAAAAUUACCUACUAAGUUGUACUUAUUGGCCUUGCAUCAUCUUACAUUAUUUCCUGCUCUUCAUGUGGCCUACUGCUUUGUUGUGGAGAGAAAAUUGCAGAUCAGAGUAGCAGAUUUAGCUUCUAGGAAAGGGAAAAAUGUAUAUAUGUUGUGUGAUAUAUUUAAGCUUGCCUCCUUAUGGUGGUGAUUGGCAUUAUUACCCUGACAGCAGCUGGCACAGCAAAAUGCUGAAUGAAGAUAAGGACGAGAUGGGCCUACCACUAAGCAAACACAAAAUAGGCAUAGAGAGCAGGUCAUCAUUGUGAAAGUAUUUAGAGUGAAGCCUCCCCUCCCCAGGAUUUAUAACCAGGAGAGGUUAAGAUUGGAAGAAAGUGUAAUAAAUAACAAUAAAUAAUAAACAUGACACUGUUUCCUCUCAGCUGAUAUGUUUGCACAUGAAGAUGGUGGUCCAGAACCUGACUGGGUAAUAACUGAACGGGAGCAGUUUGCAGAUUUUCGGGAUCUCAACAAGGAUGGGAAGCUGGAUAAGGAGGAGAUACGACACUGGAUUCUCCCACAAGACUAUGAUCAUGCACAGGCUGAAGCCAGACACUUAGUAUAUGAGUCGGAUGUCGACAAGGUACUUAGUUCUUUCACAGAGUUCAUGAAUGGUAGAUUAUUGGUUUACUUGCUGCCUUUCUAUAUAAUGUCAGCCUACCAAGAGUCAAACCUGAAGGACUCUGUAAGGAGAUCACUAAAAAAACUGAUAUAAAUAUGAUAACGUUAAUGCCACCCACUGAUCAUUCAGGAAACACAGAAAAUUUAUGGUGGAAGUGGUAGAGAUCCAAAUGUUAGACCCAAAUGAUAAGAAUUUACAUUAAGUGUUCUAAUUCUGAGAUCAAUGUGUGGUCAUAUUUGCAUCGAAUUCUGUGUGCUGUAUUAACUUUUCAUAUCAGUGGAAGUGUGCAGAUAAAUUCCACAGAACUUUCAAUGCCUACAAGUCAUGAUACCUAUGUGCUACCUCCAUAUAUGCCUUUGGAUUACCAGUUAUUGGUGAGCGACAGCAGAAAAAUGUUGGUGAAUCACAUGGGCCUUUUAUAUGAUCCAGCAGGGCUCUUUUCCCAUGUUCUAAUCCUGCCAUUGUAAUGAAUGGGGAAAUGACUCUGCCAAGGAGUGUGGUGGAGUCUCCUUCUUUGGAGGUCUUUAAGCAGAGGCUUGACAACCAUAUGUCAGGAGUGCUCUGAUGGUGUUUCCUGCUUGGCAGGGGGUUGGACUCGAUGGCCCUUGUGGUCUCUUCCAACUCUAUGAUUCUAUGAUUCUAUGAUUUAUGCUGGAGGAGCCCAGAUAUUCACAUCAAACUCCAUAAUGCAGAAGGGGGCUGGGCUUGAUUGUUUCAGAGACACUCCCUACUCUGCAACUAGAAAUAUGAAAGAUAGUGGUGUAGGCUGGGUCUGGAUGUGUUAUUUGAUUGAUAUGUUUAUAUUCCCUGCCUUCUCCCACAUCCAUGCCUAUCCAGCAUAUAAGAGAAACAAAUUCUAGCAAUAAAACUUGAUAAAGUAAAAUCUUUAUAAACUUUAUAAAUUUACUUUAUAAAGUUAAAUCCCACAAAUACAAAACUAAAAUUGACAUAAGAUAGUCCAGGGUAAUAGACCAGCCUCCACUACAAAUUUCAAAAGAGUGCUCUUGUUUAGUGUUCCAGUCAGUCUGCCAUGUCCCCCUCCAGGACAUUAUUCCAUCUUCAUUUUUUUGACCAACAGUCUGUCAGCAUUCUGAGAACACAUAGUCUUCAUUUAUUUAAUUUUGGCGGGGAUGGGGGUGUGUGUCACUAGAUACUUUUAUACUUUGGUAAACCUCAGAGCUCUACUGACAUUUGGUUAAACACAAAGAGUGUUUAUGUUGCCAACUCUUUGAGUAAAUACAGCUUAUGAGUAUAUUGCCUCAUGCCAUGAGGGUCUUUUCUUAGUGAGUCACAGAGCAGAAUAAAGUUCUAUUGUUUUUAGACACAGCACUCAAACCCUUUAAUAGAAGCUCAGUUUCACUAAAGAUUUUCAUUUCCACCCCCUCCAGGACCACAUGUUAACCAAAGAAGAGAUUCUGGACAACUGGAAUAUGUUUGUUGGAAGCCAAGCAACAAAUUAUGGAGAAGACCUCACAAAAAACCAUGAUGAGCUAUGAUGUUUUUUGAAAAGCAAAUACACUAGAGACUUGGGUCAUGUUUUCCUGUAUAUAACCAAAGUAAUAGUGGCAAUUUUAGCAGAUUAUGUUUUUAAUAAGGCUGUUUUUAGCAUUGUUGAAUAUACAAUAGGUUUACCACUUUUUUAAUUGCACAUUUUUAUUAUACAUUUCAGUAUAAUUUUGGAGAUGCACUUUUCAGUUAUAGCUUUUGAUACACUUUCACCUCAGCCAUAAAUACUCAGACUUGGAAUUCUCACUGACAUUGGUGAGACUUAGCUUGUAAAAUGUAGUAUGGAAGAUGAGUAGCUUCAUAGGAUACCCUUGUAUGUUGUUGACCCACACUGUAUCACACUGCAAGUGUGUGUGUGUGGCAGGUUGCUAAUGGUUCAGUGCUCCCUCAUAACACAUUAAAAAAUGUCAGGCUGCAAUUCUGUACACGUCUAGCGGGGAGUAACUCCUGUUAAACUCGGUGGGACUUCUGAAUAGACGCAUGCAGGAUUGCACAAUAGGUAGGAUAGUCUUCCUGACUGGUUUUCUUUGGUAGAGGAGACUUUUUCAUAAGGACAGAAGAACAGUACUGAAUCAGGCCAUCUGUUCCAGCAUCCUGUUCUUGCAGAGGCCAAUCAGCUGCCUAUGGGAAGCCUUGAAGCAGGACCUAAAUGCAACAGCACUUUCCUCCCUUGGGAUUUCCAUGUGUACAGAGUUUGGGCUUCCCAUCCAUUUCCAUGGCAGUGGUGGCUUUCAUGUUCCCUUGCAGAUGGAGAAGCCCUGGGUGGAGGGAACUAUAUGAAUGGUUGGAAGCUCCUGCCGUGGCUGAAAGACAUCGUCCUAAAUUAGAACCAAUAAAUCUCAUUGGCAUUUGAAAGACAGCAUUGCCACAUGGUGUGAUGUUUCUGUUCAAACGGCAGAGCUGCUGCUUUAUACAUUUUCCCUGUGUUUGGUAGAGUGAUCCACUUCAUAUUUAUGAAGUGGGUUUUGCCAAAUAUUAUGAGUGGAUAGCAGUCAUUUCACAGUGGAAAUGAAGACACACCGCAUUUCCGAACUGGGCCUUUUGUGAGCAUUCAAGAGCCUUUGAACUUUGUAUUGAAUUUCCAGAGAGGCUAUACAGCACAAGAGUCUGAGUUUGUUGUAUGUGUGUAUAUACAUAUGCAUUGCCACUUUAAGGAGGUUUUAUGCCGUCAGCUAAUAAAAGCUUUUAAUUUAGGGGCUUAGAGAAGAGCUGUAUUUCAGAAUGCAUAUGAGCUGUUGUGUAUGAUACAAUUGCAUUUUUGCCUGUAUUGACUUGAAGAUACGAACGAUAAAAAAUAUUAC